CACAUUUCGAAAUGAGCAAUCGAGUUGUGUUUGAUGUCGGUGGGCAAAUAUACAGUAUGUCUUUAGCAGCCAUACAGAAUGGACCAUCGUCUAAACUAAAACAAUUAUACACAUCAGGAAGAACUGUCUCGGGACCAUCACGCAUAGAAAUUGACAGACCAGUUGAUUUGUUUGCCUCAGUGCUGGCUUUGUAUCAGACGGGAGAACUCCAUUUUUCAAUGACGUCAUGUCCCGGAGCGUUCUUAAAUGAACUAGAAUUCUGGGAUAUUUCACCGGAAGUGGUUGAAAGUUGUUGUUAUGAACGAUUACAAAGUUUUGUUGACGAACAAGGCAUCUUCAAAAAGUUCCGAAAAAGUCGUGAAGAAUGUAAGAAACAGUCGCGUCACCCAAGUCACCUUGCUAAUAGUUUUCAGGGGAAAAUCUGGAACAUUAUUGACUAUUCGAAGCCGUCUGUUCUUGGAAAGAUAUACUUCGUUAUCUCCCUGUGUAUGGUUCUGCUAUCUGUUUUUACGUUAGCCUUCAGUACCGAUCCCUAUUUCCGUAGAAAAAUAACCAACUGCGAGCGUCUUGAGUAUAUGAAAUCAUCCGGUAUGAAACAUGUUGGACUGGCUGAAAAAUGGUUGAAACGUGACUGCGAAAACGACGCGUUUCCCGAUCAUUCAACAUCGUUUGAUUUUAAACGACCGCAAGUUGACUCUGAAAAUGCAUGCAAACCCAGUGCUUACAUACCCUAUGAAAGUUAUGAGAUGGUAUACCUAAAUGAAUACGAGCACAAAAAUGAGACCGAUCAAAGUACUAAUGCAAUCAUCGGCGGAUUUGAUACUACUCCGUCUAGAGAAACAAAUACAGAAACUAACUUUUCUUUAACUCCGUCAUUAAAAAAUCAAACAGAAUCUUCAAAGGUUGCAGACGAAAUUUUAAGCAAAAAGAUUAAAGGAGAGUUUGUCCUGUUGCCUGUUUUUCAAAUACAAAUUGAUGCUUUUAUGAUACUAGAUACCGUAACGGUAGUUUACUUUACAUUAGACAUGUUGCUUCGGAUUAUCUUCUGUCCUUCCAGGAAAUUCCAUUUUCUGAGCAUUAUCAAUUUUACAGACGUGUUAGCUCUCAUUGGAACCUAUAUGCAUAUCAUAUUGAUGGAAGUAUUCAAGCAUGAGAAAUAUCGAGACAGUUGGAUGGAUGUCCUCAAAUAUUUACAAGUUUUACGAUCAUUACGAUUGUUGCGGACUGUUUCUAAUGUACGUGCUGGACAGGUUUUAGCUUAUACGGUACGGGAGAAUCUAAAGGAUCUGUUGAUUAUUGUAUUGUUACUGGUUGUUGGUGUGAGCUCAUUUGCAAGUUGCUUAUUUGUUGCAGAAGAAAGAGAAGAUAUUCAAAGUAUUCCAGUCGGCUGGUAUUGGGCAUUAGUUACCAUGACAACCGUUGGGUACGGUGACAUAACACCAAAGUCUGCAGUUGGCCGAGUAAUCGCAAGUUUAUGUGCUUUUACAGGAAUCGUUCUUCUAGCUCUUACUGUACCAAUUUUUGCAAACAAUUUCCUAACCCUUUAUAAGUAUGCUAACUCCGAAAAAGCCAUUUUUAAGUUCAAGCAGACGAGAUCAAAAUUCAUAAAAGAGGGACAUGAAAAUACCGCUUCAUUGGCUCAGGGGAUAAAUGCAAAUUAAAGUAUAAAGAUACAAAAG